AAAUUUUAAUCGAUUGACAUGUUUAUGUACACCUUUAUUAAUAGGAAAACUUAUAUACAGGCGGUCUAAAAUGAUUAAAUGUCAAUUAAACAGUCAGCUUGUAACUUUCCCUUUUACAGAUAAUGAAUUGAAAAAAUGGCUUCACACAUGUUGCUCUUUGUUCUUGUUCAAUAGCUUAAGAUUAAAAUACUUUAAAACAAUGGAAUCAUUUAAGUUUUCAAUUAGCAAAGGGUCAUUGAGUGUUAAUGGCGUUAUCGGUUAAGUGUAACAAAGCGGUGAAUCGUGUACAUAUUUCAAACGUACAUUUGAAGUAGUACGAUGUUUUUAUCAUCGAAGGAAAAUACAUGGACGCAACAUCUUAGUAAUAAUCAGUAUUUAGGAAGGUCCAAGAUCAUUAAAGAUCCAAUUGUGAGACAAAGCCAAGUGUGGUUGGAAAGUAAAUUCAAGGAGUUUGAUUACACAAAUGAUGCCAUAUUUGAAUCUUUUCGAGACUAUCCGAGGAAGAAACAAUUAUAUCGUAAACACAAAGACAUUGCUAAAGAUUAUGAUAGAAAAGUGAAAUUCUAUAAAAAUUGUCAGCGUUGGUACAGUACAGAGACGAAACGACAGAUGCAAGAUGUUGAGGAAAGAUUUUCAAAAUUAUUGCAAUACACGUUUGACUCGAACAGUAAAAAGACGAAGGGGUUACAACAGAGUUACAGUAGAUGGAUCUCCAUACAUGGUAAACCACUAGAUCAUGAUAAAUCUGCUGACCAAAACGUACCUUUAACGUCACAUACAUCAAAACCAAAUAUACUCGCUAACGACGUUGAUAGUCCAUUGCCAAUAAUUUCUCGUUCAGAGAGGGUGCAUAGUUUACGCAGUGUUAGCGUUGAUAAUAUUCCAAAGAUUGUUGAAGAUCAGCAAACAUCUGACAGACCUAACAUUAGAGACAUUAGUCCAGCCUUUAAACCAGGAAUGCCUAAAUCUAUAUCCAGUUUAGAUAUCCGUCAUGACUAUGACGUAGUGAAAACAAAACAACCCAAAAUUAAUAGUAAAAAUACGGUUAAGUUAUCGUCUCUUUGGGUCAUUAAAGAUCCAAUUGUGAGACAAAGCCAAGUGUGGUUGGAAAGUAAAUUCAAGGAGUUUGAUGAUACACAAAUGACUGCCAUAUUUGAAUCUUUUCGAGACUAUCCGAGGAAGAAACAAUUAUAUUUCUCGUAA